CUGUCAAGUGAGCAUGUUAUACGAAUAACUAAACUUCGGUCUGCUUUAGAACAUUGUUUGGUCUCCCAGUUUUCUGCUACAACCAUUUCAAGAAAGGAUUUUUAUAAUGAUGCUCAAGUUUGGAAAGAACUUAAUGCAAUGUUAUACUCAUGGUCUCAAUGGCUUGCUGACGAUGAUCGUACAUGCCAAAUUGAAUUACGAAGUCAACAACUUGCUCAACAAAUUCUAGAAAAAGAAUUUAUGGAAACUUUACAACAUAUUGAUGAUAUACAAGUCAAAUCCAACCUUUCAACAACUAAAUCUGGUUACCUGUUAUUCAAAUCUACAGAAAGUUCAAUAUGGGAACGACAAUGGUUCUUUGCACAUAAUGGGUAUUUUGGAUUCUGCAAAGUAAAUGAAUUUGACACUGGUGCCACUGUUACUCUAGAAUUAUGUAUACCAUUAUCCUUUUGCCAAGUAAAUUCUUUGGAUGAUACUGAUCGACAUUUCCAACUGAUGACUAAACAAACUUCCUCAAAGGUGUACCUUAUAUUACAAGCUGAGACAGAACAAGAAAAACAAGACUGGAUAACAAUUUUGCUACAAAAAGGAACAAUAGCAUCAUCAUCAUCAUCAUCAUCAUCAUCGUCAAACACUACCACCAAAAAUCUUCGAUCAACUCUGUCUGGUUCACAUUCAACAACUACGACAUAUUCUUCUAAUUCUUCAAAACAACGUGGUAUUAUCCCUUCUAUCAAGCUACUCAGUACAUCCAAAAAUGAAUUACAUCUAUCCAAUGCACCAUCAAUGACACCUUUACUAUUAUUUAGCAUCUCGAAUCAAUUACUACAAAACGAUGUAUCAACCACGCAAAGUAAACCUUAUGAUAUAUUAUCUGGUAAUUCCAAAAUGUGGGGAAACCCUCAAUCGAUCAUACCACGAGGUAUUACCUUGGAUUGGACUCAUAAGCAAUUGGAUGUUACCAGGGCAAGCGAUACCUAUCAAUCCAUACAAAGGAAAACCAUUUGGCCACCCUCACCAAUGAUUACUCAGCUAUGUAUUCCUGAUCUUCCUGGUUACACAACUUACUUGAGCAACAAGAACAACGAGCUUCGAAAUUUAUUCUUUGGUGUUUCUUCUGAUGAAGUAGUAUUAGAUGGUAAGGAAUACAAAAAAAAAAAAAAAAAAAAAAAAGAAUCAAUAAUGUCACAAGAUGAUCUAAUCUUCUCCGGAUCCCUUCACAAAAAGCAUCAUUCUUCAUCAGCAACGAACUUGAAUGACCAUCAAAAAUUAUCAGACUUUGGAUAUUGUUAUAACGGCUCUGGAUAUAUGACGCAACAUACUUUCUGGUUUUACAGUAAUAUUUCUGCUAACUGCAUCAAUACGGUUGCUUUGAAAUGGAAGGACGUUGAAGAUAUUCAAGUGAUAGAAAACUCUAGGCUAAUGAUACAUGUUACUGGAAGUACAGAUGCAACGAAUCAAGAUUUUACUACACCUCUUGUAUUUUCUACUCGACUGGAUGACAUUGAUACCUUAGUGGAGAAAUUACGAUUCUUUGUUUACAGUGCCAAGCUUGCCAAUCCCAUGCAACUUCGCAACAUGUAUAGGAAAAUCUUGAAUAUAUCAUCAACAUCUUCCAGUUUAUCCUACUCUCCCACGCAACAAAGUAUGACGGAAAUGUCAGCUAGUGAAUCGUCGUCUGCAUGUAUCAGCCCUACACCACCUGUAUUAUCUGAUAGGAUGGCAUCCUCAGAGACAACUGCUACACUGGAUACAACUACAACUCUUGUCUCUUCGGAUGAAAACGGAUCACGUACAGCAACACCUAUUAUCCACAAGAAACCUGCCAAAAAGACGAAAAAAAAGAAUAUCACUCAAUCUUUUGAAAUCCAACAGCCUUCUGGUCCCGUUUCAUGCGAUUGUGAUGAUCAUCUUGAUCGACGUGAUGCCGAGUUGGUUCUACCUAUUUCUGCCAAGCGAUUAUUUGAACUGAUGUUCUCAGAUGAAUCAACUGCUCCUCCAUCGAAUGGUGGUGUCUGGAAUGCUAAGACAGAAGGCAUUGAAGGUCAUGAUCUACGUGUGUCCCACUGGGAAUCCCUUUCAACUGAUGAACCUCAACAAGGCCUGAUGAAGCGAACUUUGAAGUACUGGAUGCCUGUUGCCAAUCCCGUGGUGCGAAUGAAAGAAGCUGAAGUAGUGGAAACGCAAAUUCUAUUGAAAAAGCAAGACUAUAUAUGCUAUGUAGUACAAAUCUCUACGAAAACGGAAGCCUUACCUUUUGCUGAUGCUUUUGUGCCCUCUGUACGAUAUUGUAUCACCUAUGUGGAUGAUUCCCAAUGCAAGCUUUCCUGUCAUUUGGGUGUCAAAUGGUUAAAGUGGGUCAUGGCAAAAUUGAUUGUGACCAAAGCUGCCCUUGCUGGAAUGUCGGACAGUGUAGGGGUCUUUGUGCCUAUUUUGAAAGAAGCAGCUGCCACUAUUCAAUCUACUGUAGAAGAAACCCGACAAUUACGACAAGCUUCAAGCAAUGAUGUGGAAGUCAGUGAAUAUGAAGAUGAAGAAGAAGAUAAUGAUGAUGGUGGUAGGUGGGAUACAAAACAAAUGUGUGGUGCAAAAAAUGGUCAGUUGGUGUCACAUGCCAUUUAUCUUCGUGAUCUGGAUGAAGGCUUUUUACAAAAAUCAUUACAACCUCCGUAUGCUGGUUCCCAAAGCUACGAGUUAUUUAUACAAACAAAACGGGAUGAACGACAACAUGUAUGGUACGAUGGACAACACUAUCGAUUGGCAAUGGAAUAUGGAAAUAGUCGAGCGCAACUUGGUGUAUUACGGCAUGAUGUGAUCAGUAUGUUCCAGGCUUUGAACAUGGCAGAUUCAUAUUUAUUGGAGAAUGAAUAUUUGAACUGGCUUUUGGAUUAUCGACAACGAUGUCGUGGAGAAAAAGAUUUGAUGAAUGAUCAAGCAUUAGAAUUCAAUGAUACCAUGAUAUGUGAUCAAGUCAAAAUACAUAUUGGAACUUACUUUUAG